AUGAAGGCAUGGACAUACGAGUCUCGAGGUCCACCAUCCCAAGUACUCAAGCUUCGACAUGAUAUACCCCAACUCCAGUCCUCCAAGCUCAAAGCCAACGAAGUCAUCGUGAAGAUUUCUCACGUCUCACUCUUCGGUCCCCUGGCGCAGCUAAUGGCCGUCAUUCCACAUCUCAACAACAACCCAUGGAUUCCUGACUACGAGUUCUCCGGCACGAUCGCUGGUGCUGGAGCUGAAUCGACGCUACGUGAAGGAGAUGCUGUAUUCGGCAUGAUAGCACCGAAAUUGUUCCUCCAGUAUAAUGGAGUUUUGGCGGAGUACGCCGUGGUACCCCUGGAGUACGUCGUGCCCAAGCCAGAAAGCUCUCUGUUCGAAGAGGCAGCGGGCCUGAGUGGUGGAGGUGUCACAGCAAUCGGCAUUGCUGAACGGAGCGAUCUCCUCAAAGUCGUGUAUAUCGACAAACAACCACGCAUCCACAGCAAAGCAGAAGGUAAAAGGGUGCUAGUCACAGGAGGCAGCACAGGAACAGGUCUAGUCAUCCUACAGCUCAUCCGAUAUCUGAUCGGCCCCAGCGGCACAUUAGUAACGACCGCCUCACCUCGCAAUCACGACACAGUACUCAAAUACGGCGCCGACAAAGUCAUCAAUUACAAAGAACAUCCACAACUCCACAAACAUCUCGCUCAGAACUACCACUCAACUCCCUUCGACGUCAUAAUCGAUAUCUCCGGUACAGAUCCCAACCUCUACCCAAACUCACCUACAUACCUCCAAUCAAACGGCACCUUCGUCUUUGCUGGAAAAAUGGCCCUCACCCACACCCAAGCGGGCACUGGUACCUUAAGUACACUAUCUUUCCUCUUCGAUCUUGUCCGAGGCGUGGCGGGCUGGGCAAUUAGCUCAACUUUACCCGUCGUACUAGGGGGUAUUCCGAGACGUAGCUUCUUCCACUCCGGACAGCCUACGUGGAGGAAUCUGGAACUCGUAAGGCAGUUAGUGGAGGGUGGAUAUGUCAAAGGUGUGGUGGAUAGUGUUUGGGAGAGGGAGGAUGCGUUAAAGGCGUAUGAGCAUGUGGCGCGUGGGAGGGUUUGUGGGAAGGUGGUUGUGAAGAUGACGGAUUAA